ACACAUGAUAUUUCAUUUCUUCAUUUCUAUUUAUCCUAAUUAGAUUUUAAAGGCUGAAGCUCCUAUGUUAACAACCGCGAUAUAAAUAAAAUAAAAAACACAUUAUUUCUGAAAAUUUCUUGUUUCAAGCUACGGUACUUCCCUGUACAGAUAUCUUUAUGUCUACCGGUAAACUAGUUAACGCGUUGUCAUUGAGCUUAAAGCAGGUUAGAAAAUGUGGUAAAUUCAGCACAACACAUAGGACACUUUUCACGGCAAGUUUCAAUCCAAGGAGCAUUUUUCAAUCCAGGACCUGCCAUCCACCACUCUAUUGCUCCCAGCUGCUAAAGCGUCAUUUAUUUACCAUGAAAGUAGAUUCAGAAGAUUUCAAGUCUGUCUUUACGGAUGAACUUGUACAGCUUCAAAAGAUUUUUGAGAAGUAUAACUAUGAAAUACGAUUUGCUGGAGGACUAGUAAGGGAUCUAUUGAUGAAUAUUAAACCCCACGAUUUAGACUUUGCAACCACAGCAACUCCUCAGCAAAUGAAAGAUAUGUUUAACUCAGAGAAUAUCCGAAUGAUCAACCUUACAGGUGAAAAACAUGGAACCAUAACAGUACGCAUCAAUGAUAAAGAAAACUUUGAAAUCACUACUUUAAGAAUUGAUGUAAUCAACCAUGGAAGACAUGCAGAAGUAGAAUUUACCCAAGAUUGGGAACUGGAUGCCAAUAGAAGGGAUCUCACUGUCAAUUCAAUGUUUCUUGGUUUCGAUGGAACUGUAUAUGAUUAUUGCGGUGGCUGGGAUGAUUUGCAGAAACGCCGUGUGGCUUUUGUAGGAGAUGCACGUACAAGGAUUCAGGAAGACUAUCUGAGAAUUCUUCGCUACUUUCGGUUUUGUGCUAGAAUAUCACCUGAUCCUAAUGUGCAUGAGCCUGAUACGGAAGAAGCCAUACGGGAGAAUAUAGAGGGCCUCUCUCGGAUAUCAGGGGAAAGAAUCUGGCUGGAAUUGAAACAAAUUCUAAGCAAUCGUCAUGCCGGAGCUCUUUUAGAAACUAUGCUUCGCCUAGGAAUAGCCCCCCAUAUUGGUCUUGGAGAUAACCUUGAUAUGGAAGAGUUUAGGCUUGUUUUGGAACGCGCAAGAAGUAACAAUAUUCAGCUACAACCCAUCUCGUUGUUUGCCUCUUUACUUGAUUCAGAAGAAGCAGCUGUUACUCUUCAUGAAAGGUUAAAGUAUCCAAAUUUUGACAAAGAACUUUCGUUUUUCAUCGUUCAGUACCGUGAUCUCUUACCUGAGCCUUUAAAACCCCUGAGACCGUAUCAGAUGAUAGUGAUUGACACCAAGCAAAAGAUGAAAGAUGCAAUUUUUAGAGGCGCUGAAUUGCUUCGCUAUCAAGGAAACCUGGAGCUCGCAAAUGAAUUUGAGAAAUGGGUUCCUCCAAGGUUUCCCGUGGGUGGUGCUGACCUGAAAAGUGAAGGAGUUCCAACUGGCAAAGCCAUGAAUAUGGUUAUACAACGGCUACGAAGCAAAUGGAAAGAAAGCGACUUCCAAAUCAGCCAUAAAGAACUAGUUCAAUGCAUCCCAAACGUGAUGGAAGAUCUAGGGCUUAAAGUGCAGAAGUAAUACAUCUUUAAUCUGUAUGUGAAGAAAGUAAAGAAGGAAUUAAACAGUCUAAGCUGUA